AUGGAACUUCCAACAGUCCCCACGCCAUCUUCAGUGGCAGAUUAUGUCAUAUCUGUUCUCCAAGCCUCCGAAAACACUCCCUACAUCGGAGAACCUAUCUCUCAACUCCAGCAUUCCCUCCAAUGCGCUGCUCAAGCUGCCUCUGCUUCACCACCAGUGGACGAAGCUACACAAAUUGCGGCGCUACUUCACGACAUCGGCCAAUAUGCACCAGCCAAAGACCUCCGCAAACUCACCGGCGGAGAAGCCAGAAACCUCGGUGGGCAAGCAACGGGCUCAAGCGUCGGUAGAGUCGGCCAUGAGACCUUAGGUGCACAAUUCGUCCUUGCGCUUGGCUUUUCUGAGAAGGUAGCGCGUCUGGUGGAAUCACAUGUUGCUGCGAAGCGGUAUUUGUGCGUAGUGGAUGAAGGGUACUUUAGCAAGCUUUCUGACGCAAGCAAGAAGAGUCUUGCUUACCAGGGCGGGCCAAUGAGUGAUGAUGAGAGGGAUGCAUUUGGUGCUAAUGAGUGGUGUAAGGAAAUGUGCCAAUUGAGGAUUUGGGACGACGAAGCCAAGAUUGAGGGUCUUGAGGUUAGGGACUUAGAGAGCUGGAGAUCGGUGUUGAAACGACAAUUAGAAGUAAAAAAGGGCAACAUGAUUUAG